UAAAAAAAAGAGAAAAGUUCAUUCAUAAAAGCUGCACAAUUCUGCUGUGCCUCAGAGAGAAAAGGCAGAGGGGAGGAAAGUUGAUGUGGAGGUGAAGCAGAGCUGGAAGCCUGGCAACUGAGAAAGAGUAUGGGUCAGUGUGAUGGGACGGGACUCGGCAUGAAUAGAGCGGAGCAGACUGGACUUUAGACUACACAGGACAUCCCCAGUCUGUGCUCUCCUUUUUCCAGGUCCGUGAGUAUGAGAGAGCAAAGCCUACCCAGGUUCAAAUCACAGAAAGGACUCUUACCAGGCAUGCUGAAGCGCACCAAAUACAGUCGUCUGCGCAAUGAUUCACUGACGUCUCUGGAGGAUCGGCCCCAAAAAAUGCUGCCCCUUAAGAGCGACCUUUGCUUAGACUCUGACUUUGCCCAGCUGGAUCCCGGGACGCCCAACCACCACGGGCUGUCCACACUGAGCGACUUCAUCCCCCGUGUGGCCAACAUCCGAUUGCAGAGUCCUAUUUCCCUGCAGGGCCUGAUGGGACAGACAAACAGAGCCCGGGACAGAACCAUUGAUGGACACGCUGACAGACCAUUGUCCAGAGCAGAGUGGGGCUCAGGGCCUAACCAGAGAUUUUGUAGCCAAACUUCCCUCAAAGUGCCCCUAUCCACCGGCCAAAACCUAACUCCCUCGGCUCCGCGCUGCACAAAAAGACCCAUCACCCUGCAUCAGAUGGCCAGCCUCUCCUGGACCCCCGGCUGUCCUCCUUGCUCACAACACAGAGACGGUCUGUGCCCUAUUAAGACUUCCUCUGCAGUAGAUGACUGUACAGCGGUGGGGACGGCAAACAGAGUGGUUCACCAUCACAUCAAGUACAUGGGUAAUGUGGAGGUGACCCAAUCCAUGAGAACGCUCGACUUUGAUACGAGAAUGAAAGUCACACGAGAGGCAAUCAGCAGACUAUGUGAGAGGACAUCAGCCAAGUCAGCAGUGAAAACUAAAAGGCCUGUAUGCAAGGGACUGUCUGCUCUUCUGGGUCAAAUCAACCUGCAGUUUUCUGGGAGCAGGAUCAAUCUCACUGUGUCUACAGACAGUGUGACUCUGAUCGCUGCCUCCUCCUUACAGAUUGCCCACCACCCCAUGCAGGCCAUUUCAUUUGCCUCAGGAGGAGACCCGGACAUGGCAGAUUACAUCGCUUAUGUUGCCAAAGACCUCGUCAAUCAGAGAGCAUGUCACAUCCUGGAGUGUCCCCGGGGUCGGGCCGGUGAGGUUAUCAACAGCAUCGGUCAGGCCUUUGAGACUCGUUUCCGCCAACUUCUCAGCCAAACCCCAUCGCUCCUCUCCAACAAUCCCAGGUCAGCAGUGAGGAUCGGUCACAAAUGGAGCCCAGAGGAGACGAUAACAGACCAAAAGACCAAGCAGGAAGGUGAAGUCAACGAGCACCGUGACUACUACAAUGUGAUCCCAGGAAAGAUGCCACCCACUGGUGGAAUAGAGGACCUGCGGAUCACAAGGCAGGAGAACAAACAGGAUCAUGACAUACAGGGGGUUUGUUCGUCUCAGCCUGUUUCACUGUAUGAGAACUGCUCCAUCACAGAAGAAACUCCAGCUCCACCUGCAGUAGUAUCUGAGGUCGGUGCUGAACAGUUUCCUCCUCUCUCUGAGACACGGAUCCAGGACCUGAUCCAGGAGGAAGGCUGGUACCACGGCAGGUUAGGAAGAGAGCAGGCUGAGUCGCUUCUCACCUGUAGUGGGGAUUUCCUGGUCAGAGAGAGCAGCUCUGCCUCUGGUCAGUAUGUACUCAGCGGGAUGGAGGGAGGCACCAUGCGGCACCUGCUCCUGGUGGAUCCACAUGGACAGGUGCGGACCCGUGAUCAGGUGUUUCUGAGUGUUAGUCACCUGGUGCGUUUCCACAUGGAGAACCAGAUGCCCAUCGUGUCUGGAAGCAGUGAGCUGUAUCUGAAAGAGCCAAUCCUGCAAAGACACUAACAAACACAUUCAUAGACUGUCACAUGCAUACAUUAGUCAUUAGACAUCAGCAACAGUCACAUUGUGCCAAAGCAAAAGAAAAAAUGUAAACCUGGGUUUCAACACUUUUAGCUCCUUUAAAAUCAACCUGUCAAUGUGUCAGACAUCACUUCCCAUACUAUUUUAAUAUUUGGUCAUCAAAGUACAUACUGUAUUGUUAGAUUUUCUGAACAUUUGAGUAAAUUCUCUACUUGUGCCUCG